CAUAUAUAUUAUAAUUCUCUUUGAUAAUAUCGUAGCACGUUGGUUUGGAACAUGCUUUAUUGGUUAUAAAGUAUAUUUUAUUUAAUUAAAAUGAAGUCAAAGAAUAAAAAAAAUGUGAAUCAAUUGUUAUCGGACAAAAUUGCCGAUGCUCUUACAUUAAAACCAAGGGCAGAUAUAGAAGACGACACGGUAUUUGGCACUAAACCACGCACAGUUACAUGGGCUGAAUUAGGAUCGUCGGACAGCGAAGAUGAAGCAACUAUUAGUGAUUUUCGUAAGCGAAACGUUAAUUUAUUAAGUGAUAUUAGUAAAAAAUAUGAAGGCAAAGUCGUGACUCGGAAAAAUUUUGAAAAUUCCGAAGAAGAAAGUGAUAUUUCGGACUCUGAAGAUUCAUCUAAUAAAGAUCAAAAUGUUAGCCAAAAAAUGUCUAUGGACUCUAGUGAUGAUUCUGAAAAAGAACAAGACGUACCGAAUUCGAAUUCUAUGGAGCUCAAAGAAUCUGAUUCCGAAGACUUUGAUUCUGAUGCAGAAAGUGAUGAUUAUAGUAUAACAAAAUUCGGAAAAAAAUCACAAGAUGCAACUGAUAAUGAAGAAAGCGAAGAUGCUGAAGAAGACGACGAUGAUGGUGAUGCAUAUGACAUUAGUCAAAUGGACGAACCAAUGAAAGAGGAUUUUGAACAUGUGAAAAAACAAAACAUUUCAGAAGAGGCCAAAAAAGGUAUUUGCGUGAGGAACCAAUUGUUAGUGUGGGAGAAUCUGCUGGAAAUGAGGAUACACCUUCAAAGAUGUAUGAACACUGCCAACCAGAUGCCCAUGCCAGACACAUAUGCCACGCUUAAAGACCAAACUGAAUUCAUUGAGGAGGCAAAUGCUACGAAACUGAAUGUGGCCAAUGUUCUAGACAAAUUACUGACACUACAAAGCAUCUUGUUUAAAAAGUACCCAGAGACAAAAUCAUUGUCAAUAAACAAACAAGAUAAACAGAAGAUAGAAGAAUCAAAAAUAGAUAGUGACGAAGAAAUACCAAGUGAUACUGACAAUGAAGAAAUACCUUCUGAUACAGAGGAUGAGGAACCAGCAGAUGAGAAACCAUUAAAGGAAAACAAAACUAAUAUGAAUACAAAGAAACGUAAAUUAGAUGAUUAUGAGAAAGAAAUAGCAACAACACAUAAAGCUUUCAAAACUUUUAGAGACACAGCAAUUCAGAAAUGGAAUGAAAAGACCAGAUUAGCAACAGCUACUAACAUUAAAAGUGCACCAACAAACACAGUCUUACAGCAGAUCUCUUACAUUCUCUCUGAUAGAGAAAAGCUUGUUCGUAGAACACAAUUAAAAAGGACUGAAUAUGAUAUUAUAGGCUAUAAAAAAGGAGAUAAAGAUGAUAAUGAAACAGAUAAUCCUGGAAUAAAAGAUAGAAAAGAUGAUGAUGAAUAUAUACCAGAGAUUUUUGAUGAUAGUGAUUUUUAUCACCAGUUACUAAGGGAGUUAAUAGAAUGCAAGUCUUCAGAUAUAUCAGAUCCAGUUCAGUUGAGUCGUCAGUGGAUAGCACUGCAACAAAUGAGAAGUAAGAUGAAAAGAAAAGUUGACACAAAGGCGACAAAAGGUAGAAAAAUAAAGUAUGUGGUACAUAACAAGUUGGUGAAUUAUAUGGCCUCACAAAAAUGUAAUACAUGGACAGAUGAAAGUACAAAUGAACUAUUUAGUUCUUUGUUUGGCAAAAUGUUUGAGCAUAAUAAUGCUGGUCUAAACGCUGAUGUAGGGAAUGUAUUUAAAUUAAAAUAAUACCAACAAACUUUGUUUUUCUUCAACUAGGUGUUGCUCGCGGACUCACCCGCGUGGAAAUUCUUUCCCGUUAUAUGUCCCUAAAUCACUGUAGCAAACCAUAACGCCAUAUGCACAACGCCAAUACUAUUUAUUCAAAUAAUGAGAUAAAAUAUCACUUAUUUCCUAAGGGUGAAAAUUACUGGGAGCCAUCGUAAUACUAUAUAGAUCUUAUCUUACAAUAGUAGGGGCUGUAUCAAUAAAUCAAUCUCACAAAUAAAUAUUUUUUUCCUUUCUUU